UAUGGAAAUGUAUAAAAGCAAAAUUAUUGCAGGGAAAAGAAAAAAAUUGUAAAUUUACGUUAAGCUUCUUUUGUAAAAUAUAACACGGAAUGAUCUUCACAUCAGAUCUAUACCUCAAACUGAAUAGACCAUUCACUCGAUUUCUUUGUUCAAUUGAUGGUUGAUGGUUGAUGGAUACUUCUCUGUAUCCAUCAACCAUCCUCCGGCGCUUCAGUGACGUAGUAACACGAAACACAUAUAUUGUCAUAAAACAGUAACUCCAAUUGGUACUUUUCCCCAUGUUUAGUAAGAACUUUCAAACCACGAGUUCAUUAUUUCAACCUGGAUGCAGAAUGGAACCUAUUUCAUUGUGAUUUCAUGACAUGCAUCAUUCAUUCAUGGCUGAACAACGCCAAAUAUACAAAGACAGAGCACGUUGUCUCACAGUGAACGAGUCAAUGAAACUUAAAGAGGAUUGCAUUACUGUGUCAGAUUUUAAAAAAAAGAAGCUUGAAGAUGAUGCCCAACGUAAUUGGGAUUUGUUCUACAAACGCAACUCAACAAAGUUUUUUAAAGAUAGACACUGGACCUGUCGAGAAUUCAAAGAACUUUGUUUAAAUGAAGAACUUGUUGGGAAAACAUUACUCGAGGUUGGCUGUGGUGUUGGGAAUACCAUAUUUCCUUUAUUACAAGAAAUACCAUCAAUGUUCAUUCAUGCUUGUGACUUUUCUAAAAGAGCAGUAGCUUUUGUUGAGCAAAAUCCAUGUUUUGAUUCAAACAAGAUAAAUGUCUUCAACUGUGAUAUUACACAAGAUCAGCUUACUAGAAAUAUGAACACUGACUCUGCUGAUAUUGUCACAAUCAUUUUUGUUUUGUCCAGUAUAUCACCUGGUAAAAUGUUGACAGCAUUGAAGAAUAUUGCCAUAGUUCUCAAACCAGGAGGAAUGGUAUUGUUUCGUGACUAUGGCUUGCAUGAUCAUGCAAUGUUAAGAUUUUCUAAAGGUCAUAAAAUUGAAGAAAAUUUUUAUGUUCGUCAAGAUGGCACAAGAGCUUUUUAUUUUACUCCAGAAUAUUUAACUAAGCUUUUCACUGAUGCUGGGUAUAAGGUUGCUGAAUGUCACUAUGUACAACGAAGAACUGUUAACAAGAAAGAAGGCAUUGAUGUCCUUCGAAUAUUUGUACAAGGAAAAUUUGUUAAAACAAGUAAUAAUACAAGUUAAAUGCAUCCCUAGUUUUUUCCUACCUCAGCACAUAGGCCUUGGUAUAUUUAUGAUAUAAAAAAUUUGUAAUUAACUUCCAGAUUAGUUCUACAAACCCUGUUCAUGAUAAUCAGCUGUGAUUGACAUAGUGUUACAGUAGUAUAUAUAAAUAAAGUUUUUGAUUCUA